GGUGGCCCCAUGCCUUCAAAAGGGCUGUCAGAUGUAGUCAGCCAACCGCUCUCCUCUAAUGCAGUUUCUUUUAAAGAUCAUGGAACACCCUGUUGUUUGCUCAUCUCCCAUCAAAAUGCUGAGAAUUUGCUAGCUGAAGACUUGUCGGAGUCCAGCCCUUUGCCAGACCCUCCACUUCCCCGUGGGGUUUCUCAUGGUGGACCAAAUGAGGAUGAGGAGGGAUCCAUUUAUGAACAUCCCCAGCUAUUGUGUGCAAAAUCUUCUCCAGGAACAGAGCUCUCUCAGCAAGCACCUAGCAUGGACUUCCCCGUGGCGGAGAAGACGGUUACACAAGUGAUUCUGAAAGAGGAAGGUGGUACAGGCCUGGUUCACACCAUGACCGUGACUGAUUCUAUGGUAGCACAUACCGUAAAGAGAUCAAAUGUCAGAUCCUUGGGGGAAGAAAUGUACAAUGCACAGAUGCAAGUGGAGGCUCUUGCCCACGCUUUCAGCCAGUGUUUAGCAGACCAAGACAAGGCUCAGGUGAUCACAUCCUCUGAUAUGAUGCAGCUGAGUGCUUGCCAGGUUGACAGAAGUGACAGUGAAGCGAGCUUUUCAGGGGCUGAGGAACCCCAAUGGAGGGAGGCUACCAACGUCACUUCAAGCUGCCCUUUGGUUCAAAGAAUGCUCCAAAUCGACUUUCCUCUUCCAGGUGAAGAGUAAAAAAGAAUGAGGAGGAGGCUGGUGCAGUGGCCAAGGGUCGUCCAUAAAGGAAGUGGUGGGCUGAUGCCCAGAAGUUAGGGGAAGGAGCAGCAUCAUGCAGGUUGCUUC